CACAUGUUCUUCUCCCUCUCGUUCGUUGGUCCCUUGCUUUCUACCCGUCCCCUACAGGUGGUUGGAAUCUGGUGACAUCAACGGCCUGAGAAGGAAGACGGAGAUUGGCGGUGGCGGGUCCCGCUUUCUCUCCUCUCAUUCGCUGCAACAGAGUCUACUCUUCACAGAGAGGGUCAGGCUUGACCGUUUGGUUUCCGUCACGAAUUUCUCCCUCUUCUCUCUCUCGUCCCGCAACAAUCCUCCCUCCCUGGCGGCAUCCUCCGACACCUCCUCUUGGCGGCGUUCUAGAAUCAACUGGUAAUAUGCUAUAUUGCUGGGUGCUAGAAGAUGUGAAUCAGAAACCACUUUCAAGUCUCAAAUGCCUGGUUUUUCUCCUCUGUCAUUUUAAAUGAGUUAAUGGAUAAUAAACAGCAUAUAGCCAUUUUUACAACUGCAAGCCUUCCAUGGAUGACGGGAACUGCAGUCAAUCCUUUAUUUCGUGCUGCUUAUUUAGCAAAGAAUGGGCAAGCAAUAGUUACUUUAGUGCUCCCCUGGUUAUCUUUGAAAGAUCAACACCUGGUUUAUCCAAGCAAUAUCACUUUCAACUCCCCAAAAGAGCAAGAAUAUCAUAUCCGCCAAUGGCUUGAGGAGAGAACUGGUUUUGCGUCAGGAUUUGAAAUAUGCUUCUAUCCUGGGAAGUUUUCAACAGACAAAAGAAGUAUUUUGGCCGUUGGAGAUAUUACAGAGCUUAUACCAGAUGAGCUUGCAGAUGUUGCAGUCCUUGAGGAACCUGAGCAUCUUACUUGGUACCAUCAUGGCAGGAGAUGGAAAACCAAAUUUCACCGAGUUAUAGGGGUUGUACAUACUAAUUAUCUUGAAUAUGUGAAGAGAGAGAAAAAUGGUCGUUUGCAAGCCUUUCUUUUGAAAUAUAUUAAUAACUGGGUUACUCAUAUCUACUGUCAUAAGGUAAUAAGACUGUCUGCAGCAACCCAGGAACUCCCGAGGUCUAUAGUUUGCAAUGUCCAUGGGGUCAAUCCCAAAUUCCUUGACAUUGGUUGGAAAGUACAGGAACAACAGCAGCAGGGAUGCCAAACUUUUACCAAGGGUGCCUACUAUAUAGGCAAGAUGGUGUGGAGCAAAGGGUACAAAGAGUUAUUGCAACUCCUCUCCAAAAAUCAGGAGCAGCUUGCUGGUUUUCAACUUGACUUGUAUGGCAGUGGUGAAGAUUCUGAAGAAGUCAAGCACGCAGCUAAAAAGCUGAGGCUGACUGUAAAUGUCUAUCCUGGGCGGGACCAUGCUGAUCCACAGUUUCUUGGGUACAAGGUGUUCAUAAACCCAAGCACAACAGAUGUUGUCUGCACUACAACAGCUGAGGCCCUUGCCAUGGGCAAGGUAGUGGUUUGUGCGAACCACCCAUCGAAUGAGUUCUUCAAGCAGUUCCCCAACUGCCGCACCUAUGAAGAUGAAGCUGGGUUCGUGAACCAGGUCCAUGAAGCUCUGUCUAGCAAUCCAGCACCACUAACAAGUGAGCAACAGCACGUGUUGUCGUGGGAAGCUGCAACUGCACGGUUUCUGCGUGUUGCUGAACUGAACACUGCCUACGGAAAGAUUGUGGCUGCCCCAUCAUAUAGAUCACGUUCACGUUUCAUGUCCCUCACUGCAACUUUGCCAAAUAUAAAGAAGUACAUGGAGGACGCAUCUGCAUUUAUCCAUUUUGCUGCGUCUGGAAUAGAGGCCACCAGACGGGCAUUCGGGGCUAUACCAGGGUCCAUGCAACCGGAUGAAGAGCAAUGCAGGGAGUUGGGGCUUCCUUUUCCCCAAUUGAGGCAUUGAUUUAGAUGAUGUACCAUAGUGAUCUCCGUUGCCUUAUUAAUUUGUAACGUGCUUCGUGUAUAUCAUUCUCACAUUUAUAUUUUAUUCUACAUAAGUACUUUCUCCUA